CUUCUGUUUUCGCCCCUGUGUAGGCCCUGGAUGGCUUCUUCUUCGUGGUGAACAUGGAGGGCAACAUCGUGUUUGUGUCGGAGAACGUGACGCAGUACCUGCGUUACAACCAGGAGGAGCUGAUGAACACCAGCGUCUACAGCAUCCUGCAUGUGGGCGACCACGCCGAGUUCAUCAAGAACCUGCUGCCCAAGUCCCUGGUUAACGGGGCUCCGUGGUCGGGCGAGAACCCGAGGCGGAACAGCCACACGUUUAACUGCCGCAUGCUGGUGAACCCUCACAGCGAGCCGGAGGACGAGCAGCAGGAGCAGGAGGCCCAGCAGAAGUACGAGACCAUGCAGUGCUUCGCCGUGUCCGAGCCCAAGUCCAUCAAGGAGGAGGGAGAGGACUUCCAGUCGUGUCUGAUCUGUGUGGCGAGGCGGGUUCCCAUGAAGGAGAGGCCCAUGAUGUCUGCACACGAGAGCUUUACCACCCGCCAGGAUCUCCAAGGUAAGAUCACGUCCCUAGACACCAGCUCGUUGCGGGCCUCCAUGAAGCCUGGCUGGGAGGACCUGGUGCGGCGGUGCAUCCAGCGGUUCCACCUGCAGAACGACGGCGAGAUGUCUUUCGCCAAACGCCACCAGCAAGAGGUGUUGAGGCAUGGCCAGGCGUUCAGCCCCAUCUACCGCUUCUCCCUGGCAGAUGGCACCAUCGUGUCGGCACACACCAAAAGCAAGCUGGUGCGCUCCGCCACCAACGAGCCCCAGCUCUACAUGUCUCUGCACAUCCUGCAGAGAGAGCAGCCGGUGUGUGGCAUGUCCCAGGAGAUGGGCGCUGGCCAGGGGAUGGGCAAAACCCUGAACCCCAGCUCCGCCAUGCCCAGCCUGGGCGGCAUGACCCCGGGCUCGCAAGGCCAGGACACCACGGUCAGCAGUAACUCCUCCACCUCCUCAAGCUCUGGCUUCUCUACUCAGGGGGGCCCCAAGGAGCCAGGGGCCUCCCCCAUGGGCCCCUCGCCGGGCUACCGUUUCAACUGCCCGGGAGCCGGGGCAGGCCAGGGCACCUACGGGCCGCUGAAGAUGAACAGCCCCUCGCAGAGCAGCCCGAGCGUGCUGUCGCCGCGGCAACGGGGCAGCCCGGGCGCGGCCGGUUCGCCGCGGCUACCCCCGCCACAGUUCUCCCCGGCGGCGUCCGGCGGCGGCAACAGCGGUCUGCACUCGCCGGCGCCGGGCCACGGCUACAGCAACUCGCUGCAGCAGCUGCAGGCGCUGAGCGAGGGCCACGUGGUCAGCCUGGGCGGCAGUGGCCUCGGCUCGCCCGACCGCAAGACCAUUGGCUCGCCGGCCUCCGGCGCGCUCACCGCGCACAUGCUCAACAAGAUGCCCGCCGGAGCAGGAGCAGGAGGAGCAGGGGCGGACGGGUUCGGAUCCGAACCCAAUCAGCAGAAUCAAAACCAGGCCAUGGAUCCUAGCCGCACCCCAGGGCACCAAGCGGAGGACUGCUCGGACCCCAAGGACGAGAAGGACCCCAGCCUAGGUGGGUUCGGCGGGCCUGGGCAGGGCGAUUCGGCCUCGGACCCUCAGAGUCGCCUUCACGACAGCAAGGGCCACACCAAGCUCCUGCAGCUGCUCACCACCAAGACGGAGCCCAUCGAGCCGCCCUCCCCGCCCAUGUCCGGAGACCCCUCCUGCAAGGACCCCUCGUCCGGGGGCACCAUGGGGCUCGGCCUGGGCAUGGGAGGCCCUGGGCCCGCAGGGGGCCACAGCACCUCCCUGAAGGAGAAGCACAAGAUCCUCCACCGGCUGCUCCAGCACAGCACCACGCCCGUGGACCUGGCCAAGCUGACCGCCGAGGCCACGGGCAAGGAGCCGGGCGCGGACGGCGCCGGGGCAGGGGGCAACGGCAGCGCCGGCGUCGGAGGACUCGGGGAGCUGAACCCCAAACAAGAGCCCAUCAGCCCCAAGAAGAAGGACAACGCGCUGCUGCGCUACCUGCUCGACAAGGACGACAACACCAAGAUCAAGGUGGAGCCGGGCGGGGAGAUCAAGCUGGAACCCGCCGGCAAGAUGCCCAUGGUGAAGACCGAGAAGACCGAGAUGGGCUACGAGAGAGCUGAACCGUCGAGUGAGCUGGAUGACAUCCUGGAUGACCUGCAGAACAGCCAGUUCGGCGAGAACCGGCCCGGCUCGGUGCCGGCCACCAUGGACAAGCAGUCCAUCAUCAACGACAUCCUGCAGAUGAGCCAGGACGCCGGCGCCGCCAUGGGCCCCAACCAGCAGCCCAAGGCCUUCCCCCCCAUGGGACCAGCCAACUUUGGUGGCCCCAGGCCGGGUCAGGGAGGGAGAGCUCCCCCAGCCAGAAGCAUGUCCCUAGACAUGACCAUGGCCGCCAAGGCCUCCCCCGGUCAGUUCCCCCUCAUGAGGAACAGCAGCCCAUACAUGAUGCAGCAGCAGCAGCAGCAGCAGCAGCAAGGCAUAAUGGGAAAUCACAGGGUCAUGGUCAACCCAGGAGUGAUGGGGGCCAACAGUCCCCGUGGGGCCGGCCUGCAACAGGAGGCCUGGGGCCCCCAUGGCCCUGCGGUCAGCAGCUCGGCCCCGACCCCUGCCUCCGUGGCCCAGGGCCUCCAGCAGGGGGCGCUGCACGGACGCAUGGUGGCCAACGCGGCGGGCCCCGGGGGGCCCAUGAGGCCCAACAGCCAGCCGGGACCCAGACAGAUGCUGCAGCAGCCCCAGAUGAUGCCCGGGGGACAAGCAAACAUGGAUAUGGGCAUGGUGGCGCACCAAUUCUCCCAGCAGCAGGUGCCACCCAAUCAGACGGCCCCCUGGCCAGACAGCAUGCUGCCCAUAGACCAGGUGCCCUUUGCCAACCAGAACAGGUCGGUGUAUGGUGCCCAGGAGGAUGUGCUGUGUGCGCCCCCUAGUGAUGGCCCCACUGACGAGGGGGCCCUGCUCAGUCAGCUCUACAGUGUGCUCAAGGACGCCGACUGCCUGGACGAGAUCGACAAGGCCCUCGGCAUCCCCGCACUGGUGGGACAGAGUCAGCCUCUGGAACAGGAGCAGUUCCCUGGUCAGGACCCGAGCCUGCUGCUGGACCAGAAGCUGCCGGUUUACCCUCCCCAGCAGUACGGCCCUCCCCCCGGCCACAUGGCUCAGGGCGGCUACGGGCCGCUGCAGGACCCCGCGGCGGCCGGCUUUCACGGCAUGCCGGUGCAGAUGGGUCAGCGGCCCGGCUACCCUAUCCAGCUACGCAUGCAGCGGCCGGGGCUGAGGCCGCCCGGCGUCGUGCCCAACCAGCCCAUACGCCUGCAGCUGCAGCACCGACUACAGGCCCAGCAGAAUCGUCAACCAGUGCUGAGCCAAAUGGCAGGAGUGCCGAACAUGAACCUACCUCUCAGACCCAAUGUACCCAAUCAGGGGACCAUCAACGCUCAGAUGUUGGCCCAGCGGCAGCGUGAGCUGCUGAGUAACCACCUGCGCCAACGGCAACAGCAAGUCCAGCAGCAGCAGCAGCAGCAGCAGCAGGCCCAACAACAACAACAACAACAACAGCAGCAGCAACAACAGCAACAGCAGCGUCUAGCCAUGAGAGCCCAGGGCCUCAACCUGCCCCCCAACAUGGCCGCUGCCGCGCCGCCCGCCGCCGCCGGCCUGCCCGGGGCCCUGGGCAACGCGCGGAUGCCCCAGGCCAGCCCCCAGCAGUUCCCCUACCCGCCCAGCUACGGUACCGGCCUGGCCUCCCCGCCCACGUGCACCAGCCCAUUCUCCCCGGUCUCCCCCAACCUCCCCCCCCCCUCCGCCGGCCCCCCCAGCUCCUCGCCCACAGCUUUGCAUGGCUCCCAGAUGGGUCUGGCUAACCAGGGGAUGAUGGGGAACAUGGGCGGACAGUUUGGGGGCGUAAUGAGCCCCCAGAUGCAGCACAGUGCCUUUCAGUUUCCCAGCUCAGGUAUGAGUCAGCAGCCUGAUGGUGGUUUCGGAGGAGCCACCACCCCCCAGAGCCCCCUCAUGUCGCCCCGCAUGGGCCACGCUCAGAGUCCCAUGAUUCAACAGCCCCAGGGCAACGCCAGCUUCCAGUCUUCACCAGACAUGAACGGCUGGCCACAGGGCAACAUGACAGGCAACAACAUGUUCCCCCAGCAGUCUCCACCGCAGUUCGGCCAGCAGUCCAACGGCAACAUGUACAACGGCAACGGCAUGAACCUCAACGUCUCUAUGGCAACCAACGCCGGCAGCAUGGGCCAGAUAAGCAGCCAGAUGAACGUCACGUCCAUGGCCUCCGAACAGAAAUACUGUUGACCUCAGCGAUGGCAGAUGUCCCUAUGGUGCCCCGUGGCACCACCCUCUCCCCCUCCGGACAGAAUCCCCAACCAGGCAGCCAGCCAGCCAACCCUCUCCAGCAUACAAACCUCCACCUCCUGAGCCAACCUCCAGAACCUGGGCCCAGCUGCACCCCAGUCUGCUGCCCAGCCUUGAGUAUUCCCGACUGGGACGUGGCCCUGUGUGGAUCCCCUGUGAUGGGGGGCUGUCCCAGGACAAACAAGUGGGGUGUCGGCUGGGCCAGAGAUUUUUCUGGAACAGAGGCCAGGACGGGCCGGUGUGGGGUGUUGGACAUCGCUUUGAGCUUUUGGGACCUGCAGCCCCGUACCUACCCUGCCGCACGCCACCUUUGGCCGCAGCCUGAGGAUCCCCAAAAAACACAUACACACACACAUACACACACACACUCACAUCCCCCCCUCCCACAAGUGCAAAGCCCUGUCAGUAAAGCCAGCCAGUCUCUUUUAUCGCAUUCACCGUAGUGUGACUUAGGUCCCCCCAACCCCCCCCACCACCCCCACCCCAACUCACACACACACCCUGCGACUCCCCCCCCCACCCAACCCCCACCUACCUUUCCAAAUGACUCAGCGACGCUGGCAACUGGGAUUCCUCGUCCCAUGAAUGUAUCCCUCUUUCUCUCUUUCUCUUAUCUCAUCUCUCUCUCUCUUUCGAUCUAUCUCUAUCUCUCUCUUUUCUCAGUGGAAAGUGACCAUACACAAGCUCAUCUCAAAUUGUCACUUUGUAAGCUCCUCAAAUAGUUCUCCUUUUUUUUGUUCGGGGACAGAAGAGAAGUAUGUUUUUUGUUUUUUUUCUUCUUCUUUUUCUCUUGGGUUUCUCCCCUCGGUGGACGUUCCAAAAAACAAACAAACGGACAAGACGACUCUUGACUGUGUGACACUCUGGGCGUAGCUCUCACAGACAAAAACAAAACAUUUUAGCCAUUUUUGCCUUUUUUUUCCCUUUUGUGAUUUUUUUUUUUUUUUUCUGAGUGAGAAUUAAACAAACAACAAAGACUUUUCAAGAUGAGGUUGAAUGGCAAGACACCAGAUUCAGAAGAAUGGUUUGAGUAAAGAAACAUAAUGGUUUGUAAAAUUAGACUUAAUUUAGUCCAGAGAUUUAUUGUGUAUUAAAUUAAGUUUUAUUCUUCUGUAUAGUUUUAUUUCUCUUCAUUUUUUAAUUGAAACCAGUGUAGAAUUCUUUACAAAUCUAGCAACGAGAAAAAGAAUCAUGCCGAAGGGACAAGAGAGCCAAGGGUCUCAUUUUGCAUUCGAGUCUUGAAAUCGCUUCCCGCUCUGCUCUUCUUUAGCGGAUUGAUUAUGACUUUUAUUUUUUAUCUCUCUCUGGUCCAGUAGUUUCAGAAAAGUGAUUGCAGCCUAUUUCUUGUGGAUUAGAUUUACAUAUAAAAUCAGUUAUAUGCUAAUAGAUUGUACAUACCAAUAACAAAGUUCUCUUUCCUAUGGUAUUUAUUUUGACUUUCAUUUUUUUUGUACUCUUUUUUUUUUUUUCCCUUCGUCUGGUCUUAACUGCUUCUCUGACAAGAGUGUGUGUGUGUGUUUGGGAAAGUAGGCAACAGUUUCCCAAGUGUCUGUUCUGCUCCAUGUGGUACUGGUAUAGGGAGUCAGUGGCAGGGGUGUGUGUGUGUGUGUGUGUGUGUGUGUGUGUGUGUGUGUGUGUGUGUGUGUGCGCGCCCUCAGAUCUCUGCUUGCUUCUCAGCCUUGACCAUACAGCCCUCGGAGAACAGGAGGAAACCAACACAGCCAUAACUUUGCGCAGACCUGUGUGUGUGUGUGUGUGUGUGUGUGUACAAACUGUCCUGGUGUGUGGAAACAAGCAAUAACGAUUACUUGAGAAACUAUUCUCUCUCUUUCUCCUUCUCUCAUUCUCUGUCUCUCUUCUCUCUCGCUCUCUCUCUCUCUCUCUCUCUCUCUCUCUCUCUCUCUCUCUCUCUCUCUCUCUCUCUCUCUCUCUGGCUUUGAGUUUUUGUAAUUUUGUAAAAAUCUGGGAGGCACAUCUCUGCUCAGCGGGUUAGAUUCAGUAUUAACCACAAUACAUUUUUUGAAUAAUAGACAGUUUAUAUUUAAAAGGAUGUCCAGAAUAUGUAUAUUCCUACCAUCACACACACACACCCAUAGUGUAUGUUCUGGUGAUAACAAGCUAAGACUGCUGGUCAAAACUGGGACAUCAUUGGUCUUUCCAUAUUUCGGAAUGUGUACCCAUGCACUUUCAUACAUGCAACAGGCUACAUACACUUAUACACACACUCAUGCGUGUGUGUGUCAGUUAUGACAGUUGAAGGUCUCGAUUGAAGUAUGCAUAAUGUCUGUAUCAAAUUGCAUGGGUCUCACUACUCACUACUACAGAGGUUGUAUCUUGAAGAUGACCAUGAACAUACUCUAAUUUCUAUCUCACCGAUAUUUUUGAUAUGUCGGACUGAAGCCAAAUUUCUUUAGAAAACCCUCAUUUGGUUUCUCUCAAUAAUAACGGAUGAAUGUGUUCUCACGAUGUCUGCUCUUUGGUGCGUACAAAUUACCACCCCCGGUCGCUGUCAGCUGUUAAGAUCAGCCCGUGGUAUUCUCUAGCACACAAAAAAUGUCAUCAUGGUGCGAAUGAAGGUGCUUAUAGCAGCACAGUAUUUACGGUUGUGUGUGUGUAUGAGGCUGUAUGUGAGUUGGUGUGCGUGUGUGCGCGCGCACGCACGCAUCUCAGCCAGUUAAGAAACAAGGAUAUUUGAUACUGUAUGACAACCCUUUCAGAUCCUCAGCCGUUCGGGUUUACUGACAGUAUGGUGUGUGUGUGAGUGUGUGUGUGUGUGUGUGUGUGCGCGCUGAACUAUACCUGACGUAUAGGUAGUUCCAAUUUUAGCCUCCUUUUUUGAAUGCUGUAAACGUAGUUUCUCUGUGCAUCGUGUGGGGUGGCCGCUUGGACUUUUCGAUUGCAGGGUGGCCCCGGUGUGUACGCAGUAGAAAUACGCAGUUCCUCUCGCGUUCCUCGGUGUAACGACCAGGCUCAUUACACGAACAUGGAAGGCGCUGACGCCUGACUGUGUGCUAUUGCUGUAAAAAAAAAUAAGCGUCUUUGCAAAAAGCUUUUCCCCCUCUCAGUGAUUUUCAGUGAUUAUUUUCUUUUGUGAUUUCAGUGUUUUAAUGACUCGUUCGAUCACAAGUUUUUUGAUAAAUGUCCUUUGCCUCGGAGACGCAUUGGCAUUUAUGAAGGACUCACAUUAACAAGAGUAGCCAGUUCUGAAGAGACAGAUGUAUCACUCCCCCAUUUUCUGCAAAAAUCCAAAGAUUGUCAAGAUUUUGAAAUAACGAUAAGCCAUGAAGUGAUGGUUGUGUGGGUUUUUUAAAGAAUUUUUAUCAGGACUAGGUGCAAAUGCCCUACAAAAAAUAUAUAUAUCAAAAUGUCAGAAUGACUUUGAUUUGAAUUUGCUUAAGAAACUAUUUCUCUCUACCUUUAACCUUUAAAUUUUGAUUUUUGGAAAAUUUAAAAAAAAUGUUUUGUAUAGUCUGCCAAUUUCUUAGAGCUAAAUGCAAGAACUUUGAAAUGCUAAAACCUAGCAUAUUGCCUUAGAUCCGUUUCUCUGUCUUGUAUAUUACAAAGGUGUCUGUAUAAUAUUUGUAUAGUGAAAUUAUGUACAAUACUGAACGAGUGAGUCUCUGCUCAACUGUCUACGUUGCUGGAUAUGGACAUUCAAAAUAUUUCUCUCACUAUCUCACUCUCCGUGUUCGUCUCAAUAUUGCUCAUUUUUCCAUGUUAUGUUGUGAUCAGUUUUGGGUUAUAUUAUUUGUACAAUUCUCACUUUAACUGUUUCGGUUUAUGUAUGAAAAUGAUGCAAUGGGAAAUCGAAGCAAUAUGUAAUUUAUAUGAACUCUCUGGAGAAAGCUUACAGUGUUGCGCGCUCCAAGGUGUAUUUUUUCCAGUUGUGUUGUUCACAUUAAACAUCACUCUGUGUUCACCCGCAUCGAUGUUUGUAAUCUUAGUGUGAGCAUUUUAUGCAAAGUUAGAUUUACCGAGAGAAAUUUAAAAACACAGUUAUGCAAGUUGUUGACUAAUAUGGCUUUGCUGAUGCUAUUUGAUGUUGAAUAAUACUAUUGUAAAUAAAGAAUUCUGUUAUUGCAACAUUUA